AUGACGGAAGCUCCUCAGGGGUUUGAUUUCAGUUUCUUAAAUGACGAGGAGGCCAGGAAGAUCCUCCAGGUGCUGGAAAGAAAUGAGGAGCUCCAGAGGGCAGAGAAGGACAGGAUCAGCAAACUCCAGAAGACAAAGAGGGAUAUGAGAUGGCUUCAAGGAGUGACUGGCGAAUGGUUUGAGGAAAUUCAAAGAAAAAAGUUCUGCAAUGAAACAGAUGUUAACCAGAUGUUAAAACAACCACUUACGUACAGACUCAGGAAGGGGAUGGCAGAAAAUGAUUCCAUGAAAUUACAAACAUCAAGAUCUAAAAAUACAGCUCAUCAAAGAAACCCAACAUCCGUUUCUUCUCGGCUGAGUUUCCGAUCGUCAUUUGCGUCCCUGUUCUCGUUCAGAAAAUCCAGAAAGGAGACUUUAAAGCUUCAGUCUCUGGGACAGAAAGGGUGGAGAGACGAGAGAGUAUUUUAUGGAAGUGAAAUAAAUUUGUCCCGGGAACAGAUCCCUACCCCAGCUGCCCACGCUCCAAAUCAGAUUCGGGACCCGGGGAGCCGCGUGGGCAUACCAUGUGACAACCACCCGGGACCUCCUGCGUCUGUGAGGCGAGUCCUUACGGUGAGUAACUGGAAAGUUAAGGUUAUGCCAAGGAAUUCAGCAUUACAGGCAAAAAUACACAGCUCACCUCUGGAAAAUCCGCCAUUUGAGAGUGCAUUUGUCCCCAGGCCCACAAGCAUGAGGGAGGGAAGUGGCGUGCCCCCGUGGGAUGCAUCCCUGCUAGAAAAUGAGUAUUUCCAAGUUUUGGAUGAUUUGGACACCAAACUGGCUCAGGAACAGUGUCCAAGCUCCGUGAAUACCACAACAUCUGUCAGCUAUGGAUCGAGAACAGAGUUCAGUCAUUUCUACUCUAGAGGGAAUUCCACACAUGGUAAUAUCACCGGAUGGCACAAAAACCACUAUAAUGAAACUUCUAAUCUGUCUAUCUAUGACAUCCUGAGGCCAGGAGCCCCUAGGGAAGGUUUUAGAACCUUUUCUCCGAGAACAAAAACAAUUUAUGAUAUGUACAGAACAAGGGAGCCCAGGCUCCUAAAAGAAGAUUCUGUGCAAAAGAAUACUUUUGGUAGUACUUCUCUGUGUUUUGACAGCAGGCAACGAUCAGCUUCACCAGCUACAAGAUAUUUCACAGCAAGAAGCUUACAUUUUCCAACCAUCACUCAGAACAAGAGUGGGUUUCUACCACCCAGGCACCAGCAGAGCCCAAAGAGGACUCCUUUGUCGUCCAUCAUAUGGAAUAGAGCGGAUUCUUCUGGAGAUAGGCAGAGCCAGGAAGAGUUUCCGAGGGCCCCCUCACCCAUGGAGAUUGACACUGCCGACCCGUAUGUGUAUCCCAGAUGUUUUCGGGAGAAGACGAGAUACGGAUUCUACCGUUCACAGAGUGUUUACCAAGGUGUUCAUUUUAAUGCCCCCGUGGAUAAUGCAAUGAGUCCUGACCCGUUUGAGAACUCAGAGAAUAUGCCAGUCUACCCUCAGGAAAACCCAUUUGCUCGAUCUUUCUCUAGCAACACCUUUGGACGAAACAGGGAACGAAGAUUUAGACAGAGUCCUUUUUGGGACCAACAGGAGGAACAUUCUUCCUGGUCUGAGUUUCAUCAAAGCAGGCAUCUCCUCCCUUCUUCCCACAGAGACUUUGAAAUGAUUUCCAUGGAAGCAAAUAGUGUGUUGGCUGCUCGUGACCAUGGUGUUCCUUCUCAACACUGGGGAUCGUUUUCUUCUAGUUACAGAACAAAUAUGUUCGGAGGUCAAGAAGAGCCACACCCCUGGCAGUUUGAUUCUCCGACACCCACGCUGGAGAGCAUGGAGAUGUCACGAGGUAAUGGGAACCAGUCGACUCAUUUCAACACACCGAAUGUUUGUGCUCUGACUGGUCCAGGCUAUCACAUCCCAUCUGGUAAGUCAGUGUGUCAAGACGGCAGUCAUCCUACGGAUGUACACAUAAACAAAGAAUCUUAUUCAUCUGGCAUCGCUCAGACUCUAGCAUCUACGUUCAAAACUUCAUUCCCCCAGAUUCCUGAUGACAGAGGGAAUCCUCAGAGUCCCACCUUUCAGAAGCCCACCGUCACCACACAGAAAAUUAAGCCUGCCUCUCUUCCAGGAAAAACCUAUACAGAAGUCACCGUGACCAAAAGGAAUUCAGUUGAUUCUCCACCUCUUACUGAAAACCCACCCAAUAUCUUGGCCACAGAAGUGAGCCAUGAGAAAGACUUGAACGACUCUAUUUUGGGAGAAUAUGAACAACUGAACAAGAUGGACCAGACAAACGUGACAAGUGAAAUGCCCCAACCCGAUGCACAGACUGUAAUCUCUAACCCUUCCCCCGGUUUUCGAGAUCCCCUCUCCCAGGACUCAGCCCAGAGCAGAAGAUUUGCUUGGAACGUGUCUACCACAGUAAGUUCCAAACAGAGAGAUAUAUCCAAAAUUCAUCUAUCACACAGAGGGAAAUCCAACGAACUAAAAAAAGAUAGGAAUUAUCCCGGGAAUAGAAAAGUUGGCUCAGCAACUACCCCUCCUUUCAUUCAGGAAAGCAGAACAACAUCAUUUCCCAGCCCAGAUCCAGGGUGUCACCAGGAAGUAAGAAUAAGUGGUGAAGAUAGUUCAGGCAUUAUUAGAAAUCACCCCUGGAGCUCUGAACCUGCUGAUAACCAAAAUGCACAGUUUCCAGAAGACCAAUCAGCGGCCGGCCACAAGAUCCGAGGUGACGCUUUAGAUCUGUCCUCAGCUAUCCUACCUGAUAUGUCACCAUCGAAUAAUUCUUUCCUCCAGGCUCUGGUGAUUCCUUCUACAACAGCGUUCUCCAGGAGAAGUCCUUCAGGCAAAGAUCCAUCUCUGGGAGAAGUAGAACAAAAAAACAAUGAUAGUAAACCCCAAAAUGAUCAGUUUUCCCCAAGCUCCUCAGAAAACCAAAGGAGUCAUGAUAAUUUUGUGCUCGUACAUGAUGAGGUAGUUGACGCUGUCAAAUGUCAUUCCCGCCCUCCUUGCAGGGAGGGAAAAGGAAAAGGAAAAAUAAGACGAUGCAUAUCCUGUUUUGAAAAGUUAAGCAAAACGGAAAGCAGAUCAGCAUCAAGUGAUAAAAGUAACCACAGGGAAAUGAAUCAAGGCAGUUCCAAGCAUCCUGAGGGUCACACAACUUACUGUAUCUCGCCAAGAAAAUCAGCCAGUUUCUUCAUCAGUAACAGGAAGCUGGAAAGUAAGGUAAUGCGUUCUUCCUUUAGGAAUGACCCACUUCCAUUCCAAAUCAAGAAUAAGGUGGAAGACCCAGUAGGGAAGUACACAUCAAACAAAUUCAGUUCCAGUUCUUCGGAGUCAGAAAGCAAAUGUUCCAAAGCUGUUUCAGACUCGGUCUCAGUAGCGUCUGAAGCCACAAAGAGGAUAACACAUACGAAAAAUAUUAGACCUGCUUCUGUUAGAAAAGGACCACUUCCAUUCCUCAUCAAGAGGGCUGUGUCGUGUCCUUCGGGGGCACCAGAUGCCUCUAAUGGGAGAGAUGAAAGAGAAGAAUCCUUGGCCUCAAACACAGGUGCUUGUGCUCUAACACUAAAACCUUGGGAGACCAUCAUUAGCCCUCCAGAAAGUAACUCGCCUGUUAGCGAUUGUUCUUUACCCAAAAGACACCCUCAAAAGGAAUACUUUCAAGAACAUACUGAAAAGGAUGGCAAAAUUGCUUCCUCCAAGACAGGUCUCUUUUCAAAUGAAGACCCUUUGCCUUUUUCUUCAGACAUGUCAAGAAAAGAAAGUGGGAAAACAUUACACAAAUUUAAGACCACUAGUAUGUUUUCUGUUUCUGGUGAUGAAGAUAAUGUAAAAUGUCUUGAGGUGGUUUCGAUAUAUUACACUCUGCCAAGGAAAUACAGCAAGAAAUUCUGCAACAUUCUUGAAAAGUAUACACAGCAAAUUGAUUCACAUCCAGAAUCAAUGAAAGUGGAGACUGAAGCAUUUCCUAAUGCUUUUGAAAAGGACAAACUAAAUGAUUCUCCACAAGAGCAAUCAGGAACACCUUCAUCUGAAGGUCAAAAGAUGCUGGUCAGCUCUGCCCAGGAGAAGAGCCAUUUUCUCUCUCACACCACUGAAGAUAUGACUGCUUUACCAGACCUUGGACCCUCAGAGCUCACAUUACAGGAAAUGGCUUCUACGGAGACAGAUGUUUCUCUUCAUAAAGGACCAUCGAAAACUAGAGAGAUUUCCCCAGAUAACUUCACUAAAACACCUGCUGGUGAUUCACAGAGCAGAAAGGAGGGAGGGAAGAAGUGGCCAAGUGAAACCCUGCGCCCUUCAUCAAUGCUUCAGGGAAAAAAAGUUACAGAAGAGAACUCGGAAGACUGUCAGCAGCCCAUUAAGUUGGGUAACUGUGGCCCUUCUCAUCUUCCAGCCCGCUCAGAAGAGACGGUUGGAAAUUCCCCAACCGGAAGUUCUGAGGAGUGUGCAGGUAAGGCUGUGGUGAUUACAGCUGCUGGAACUGCGGAACGCCCUCAGAAAGAUACCACAGGCGAAGCCACGGCUGGGAGGGCCCAUGGAUCGCAGCCUAGGCAAGUAAGAGGGGAAACGGGAACACAUGUCCAAAAUGAGACUAAUGAAGGACUUUCUGACUCAGAAAGCCAGGUCUUUGCUCUUACUCCAGCUUUGCAAAAUCUACACCUUGAUGAAGGGACUUGUCCAGGUGAAGCAGAUGUAGACAGUUUGCAGUCUAAACCCAGAGACCGACCUCAAAGGAGUCAGGAGGUAAGUAUGACAGAGAACGGCAAAGCUGAAGACGAAAUACGGAAGUUGGCAUGGGAUCAACCAUCCCUUCCUGAAGGAAGCAAUAAAAAUAAAACCAGCUUGGAUGACCCAGAAAAAGGGAAGAACAGAUCUUUAGUUAAACACAGAUGGGCAGCCAUGUCCAAAGCCAGCAGAAAAUUCUCAGCUAAAGAUUUAAGCCCCAGAAGACAUGUGGCUACUAUCUUCCCCCAAAGUGGGAAGAGUUGUAGCUUGGACAGUCUGUCUCUUGGAACACCAGAGUGCGACGCUCUGUCCCCUGAGCCUGCUCCAAAGCCCGUAGAAUCCAGACAUGAACGCAGGUUGAGUAGCGAUGUGAUGGGUGUGGAGAAAUCCGAGAACUCUCUCAAGGUGACUGUAAUAUCCAACAGAGAAGCUUCUACCCAUUUAAGCAAUCAGAAGUCUAACGGCAUGUCACAACUACGUCAGAGUGAGUCUAAAAAUGUCUCAGACUCAUCACCCAAGUAUGAGAAGUCUAAAGAUGUAGCGGCAGCUCAGACCUUGGAAAGAGAGUCAGGGGCCUUGACCCAACCGACGUUCCCCAGCCUCGGGGAAGCAGACUUCUCUGACCAUCAGAAAGGACUGAACCCUCCUUUUCCAUUGGAGCCUGAAGAGAAAUCCAGAGGGAGCCUCCCGUUGUCCACUUAUCGGCAGGAACAAAGUACUUCAUCUCUGGAGUGGGAACCUGAACCGCACCACUGUCACUCAAACAGUUUAAAAAGCAUCAGUGUGCAUGGUAAUCUGGUACGCAAAAGUCAUCCUCCAAAAGUCAGGGAACGCCAUUUGUCUGAGAGCACGUCUCUUGUCAAUGCCCUGAGUCAGCUGACCCUAGGGAAUGAUUUCUCUAGCAACGGUGGGUACAGUCGAAGAUUCAGAUCCUUUUCUGAGCUUUCCUCCUGUGACGCAAAUGAAAAUCCAGCUUUGUGUAGUGGCAGGACAAAAAUGGGUCCCCGGUCUGCCACGUCUAUAUCCAGACCCAUUGACUACGGAAUUUUUGGGAAAGAACAGCAGUUGGCCUUCUUGGAGAAUGUAAAGAGGUCACUCACACAAGGAAGAUUAUGGAAGCCAAGCUUUCUCAAGAACCCUGGCUUCCUGAAAGAUGACGUGAUUAGUGCUCCUAAUCCAACAGAGCCAUCCGGCUCAAAUUCUCCCCUGGGCCAGAUGCCAGAAGAUGCCUUAUCUCCAAGCACACCGCUUAAUAUCUAUGAAGAGAAUCCACUGGACUCAGAUUGUGACACAGACACAACCACAGAUGAUGAAUAUUAUCUGGACGAAAAUGACAAAGAGUCAGAACUGUGA